GUUUCUCUGUGUAGCUUUGCGCCUUUCCUGGAACUCGCUUUGGAGACCAGGCUGGCCUCGAACUCACAGAGAUCCGCCUGGCUCUGCCUCCCGAGUGCUGGGAUUAAAGGCGUGCGCCACCACCGCCCGGCUGAGUUUUUAAAUUUAACUCUACUUACGUUUGUCAUUUUGACAUUGCUGAGUUUAAAACAAAAUUUUGCAAUUUCUCUUAUUUCUAAAAAAGAUAUAAAGUACAUAAAUAUAUUAUUUUGUAUUUAUUAUUGAAAAUUAAUUAUGAGUACAGUUAGGAAAAAAUUUCUAGCAAGGCUCUGGAGACAGGAGAGGGUAAACAAAACAAUUGAGAAACACUGCUCUGGACCCAGUAGAAAAUAUGUGGAAGAAAAUAAAAACAGAAGUAGAAAGUAACGUGGGUGACAAUAAGAAAACUAACCUCAAACAUUCCUUACUUAAGUCAUAGCAACAAAACAAAGGCUGUAGAGAACCUAGAGGGGAAGGUUCAGGACCACAGAGCCCAGAGGACCAGCAGCAUCUGCCACAUUUACAAUGGCCAGGCCCUGUGCUCUCCUGACAUUCCUGGUGAUGAUGCACUCCUGGUCAAGCUGCUGUCUGGGAUGUGACCUGCCUCAGACUCAUCACAUCAGGAACAAGAGAGCCUCCACACUCCUGGCACAAAUGAGGAGACUCUCCUCUUUCUCCUGCCUGAAGGACAGAAUGGACUUUGCAUUCCCUCUGGAGAAGGUGGAUGCCCAGCAGAUCCAGAAGGUCCAAGCCAUCCCUGUCCUGCAGGAGCUGACCCAGCAGGUCCUGAUCCUCUUCAGCUCAAAGGACUCAUCUGCUGCUUGGGAGACAAGCCUCCUAGACACAUUCUGCACUGGCCUCCACCACCAGCUCAAAGACCUGCAAGCCUGUCUGAUGGAGCAGGGUGAGGUGCAAAAAACUUCCUCCAGCCAGGAAGACUCCCUGGUGGCUGUGAGGAACUACUUCCAUAGGAUUGCUGUCUACCUGAAGGAGAAGAAACACAGCCCCUGUGCCCUCUGACCUCUGUGGUCAGAGCAGAAGUCUGGAGAGAGAGAGAGCCCUGUCUGUCUUAGCCAUCUUUCUGUCAAGAUGGAGUCUUAUUCUAACACAGAAAUGAAAUGAUUCUCCCUGAUAUUUCAAAGACUUUUCUAUUGUAAUUUUGUGAUGAAUCCAUUCAAUCAGUGUUAGAUAUUUUUAAGAGUAGUAAGCUACAUUGUGUUCAACUCUAGGAGAAGUAAUUAUUUUUGAUGAACACAAAGAUAAUCCAUCUUCUUAAAAUAUUUGUUUAAUUAUUUAAAUAUGUAAGUUAUUUAUAUAUGUAUGUGUACUCUGACAUUUUAUUUACUAUAAAAACAGAUUAUUUGUG